AUGUUCUCAACAAAAUCGUUUCCGGGAUUCACCUGCAUCUCGGAUUUGGAACACCUUGACAAAUGCCUCAAAUACGUUGAACCGGAAGCGCACGAAGAUGACGUGAUAAUCAUGAGUCACACAUCUGGAACCACCGGCAUAUCGAAGAUUAUGGAAGUGCAACAGCAGCGAUUUCUCGAGCAAAUGUGCUGCAGAGAGACGUUAGAGAUAGUAACGCAAGAUGACGUGGCCAUCGGAGGAGGCAACGUGUCGUUUUUCUUCUUCUUCUCAUUCGUUUUCAACGUCUUAUCUGCCGGAGCCACAAUUGUGCUUCUCAAGUCUGCGAACAUGCCGUACCUUUUCGAGGCUUGUAAUCGCCACAAGGUGAACCUGAUAAAUGGGACCCCUCAAAAGUUGCUCAAAAUCGCUGAAGCAGCAAAGGCCACCGGCACGACGCUCCCGACGGUGAAGAAACUACGCACCCAAGGAAUUUUUCUCCCCGGUCGCAUAGCCGCGGAGGUCGUGUCCGUCUUCGAGCCCGACGAGCUGCGGGACUGCUACGGCAUGACCGAAGUGAGCGGCUUCUUGGCUGUGCCUCCGAAGGGGGAACUACCGCAAGGAAACGUCGGAUUCCCCGUCUGCGGUACAAAGAUGAAAGUGAUUGAUCCCCACAACAAAACUGUGUUGGGUCCGAUGGAAACAGGCGAAGUACUAUUCCACUCCCCUUACGUCAUGCGUGGGUAUUACAAGAACACCGAAGCUACCAGAGACUUCAUCGACCGUGAAGGCUGGAUACACACAGGCGACCUCGGCUAUUACAACAACGACGGCAGGCUGUUCUUGGCUGGGCGGCUGAAGAACACCAUGUUCCGAAUGUCGAAGCACAUGAAUCCAGCUGAGAUGGAACAUUGCCUGUACGCCCACUGGGCCAUCUCCGAGGUGGCCGUGCUACCAGUGCCGAGAGAGGACACUGACGAUGACCCGGCUGCCAUCAUCGUCCUCAAAGAGGGCGUCGCUGGAGACCAGAAGCUGGCUGAAGAAAUAAAAGCAUUCGUCGCCGUGAGAGUCCUGUACCAGAAGCAACACGUCCUAGUGUCACUGGACGUGCAAGGCCCUCGGUGA